UUGAAACAUACGUGGAAAGUCUUGUUUGCCGUUUUCGUACCUUUCGCUUUAACUCCGAUUUUACUUCUUUACGACUCUCAGGAAACAAAAUGCGCAUUUGUCAUCCUAUGGAUGGCUUGUUACUACGUUUUCGAACCGAUUCCCGCAGCCGUGACGUCGUUAUUUCCCAUUGUGUUGUUUCCGAUUUUGGGGAUAAUGCCUACCAUGGAAAUAACUCCAUUUUAUUACAAAGACAUUAUUAUGAUGUUUUUGGGAAGUUUAAUAAUAGCGGCUGCUGUCGAAGAGUGUAAUUUACACAGGAGGAUCGCGCUGAAAGUUUUGUUAACGCUGGGAACUACGAUACGCUGGUUAAUGGUGGGUUUUAUAGUGACCACAAUGUUUUUGUCAAUGUGGAUGGUGAACACUUCUGUUGCGGCACUUAUGGUUCCUAUCGUUGAAGUGGUAGUGGACGAACUAGAGAAAGAAAGUAAACAGCUAGAAGAUAAUAACCGAGAUCAAGUUCAAGUCACCAUAACUAGAUUGGAGCGAAAGUACCAAAACGUAAGAAAAGCUUUGCUAUUGAGUGUUGCUUAUUCGUCAAUUUGUGGUGGUUUAGGAACGGAAGUGGGUACAGCUCCAAAUUUGAUCCUAGUAGGACUGUUAGAAGAUUUGUAUCCUGAAAGCAACCAAGUCAAUUUCUUAAGCUGGAUGAUGUACAACAUCCCUGGGAUGAUCCUUUGCAACAUAGCAGUGUUUGUUAUCCUUCAAGUCAUUUAUGUAAGAUGUUGCGACGCUAUUCCUGAAAAUCGUAAAAAGUGUAUUAAAGAAACCAUUGAAAAGAAGUAUCGGGAACUCGGUAACAUAAGAUUGGAGCGAAAGUACCAAAACGUAAGAAAAGCUUUGCUAUUGAGUGUUGCUUAUUCGUCAAUUUGUGGUGGUUUAGGAACGGAAGUGGGUACAGCUCCAAAUUUGAUCCUAGUAGGACUGUUAGAAGAUUUGUAUCCUGAAAGCAACCAAGUCAAUUUCUUAAGCUGGAUGAUGUACAACAUCCCUGGGAUGAUCCUUUGCAACAUAGCAGUGUUUGUUAUCCUUCAAGUCAUUUAUGUAAGAUGUUGCGACGCUAUUCCUGAAAAUCGUAAAAAGUGUAUUAAAGAAACCAUUGAAAAGAAGUAUCGGGAACUCGGUAACAUAAGUUUCCACGAACUGGCAGUAGUAAUGGUGACAUUAUUGCUGGUUGCGAGUUGGAUGUUUCGAAGUCCGAAUUUUAUGCGAGGUUGGGCCUCUGUAUUAUGCUCUAACAUAAAAAUUAGUAACUCUACUCCGGCCAUGGCAGCUUCCAUUUUGAUGUUUAUUAUUCCUGCAAAUCCUUUUCAACUCGAUUGGAGGAAGAGGCUUCUCAACUGGAAAACUGCUCAGAAGAAAGUAGCGUGGGGUAUAUUGUUAAUUUUUGGUGGAGGAUUUGCCAUAGCAGAAGGAGCCAAGAAGUCGAAACUGACAAACUGGAUUGCUCUUCAGUUGGCAUACUUACCACCUUUGUCGCCUGUGGUAAUUGUAAGCUUUCUUUGUAUUAUGACUUCCAUUCUGACAGAAGUGAUGACCAACAGCUCAACUGCCACUCUUCUCCUUCCCGUAGCCAACAAACUGGCUAUUGUGAUUAAAGUACAUCCGUUAUACUUGAUGAUGCCUUUAGCAAUAUGCGCUUCGUUUUCGUUUAUGCUACCGAUAGGAAGUCCUUCUAGCGCAAUUGCUUAUGAAACGGGUAAUAUGAAGAUUAUCGACUUGGUGAAACCAGGAAUAUUCCUUAACAUCGUAUGCUGCGCAAUUCAGAUUUGUUCAAUAAGCACUUACGGAUACUACGUUUUCGAUCUGCGAGUGCCAAAUGUCAACAGAACAGAAAUUGUUAAUAACUAUACAUAUAUAGACAAAUAA